AGUUAAACUGUAGCCCUCAAUGAUAAAUACCACUAGUAGAAUUUACGCAGUCACCUCUACUAUAGAACGGUUGUCCUAGCUAUAGUGUUGUCCUUGGGUGCGAUUGGUCAUCUCUCCACUGUCACAUUGUUUUGUAGGCAGCAUUUGAGGAUGUCUGCAUUUUGUAUAACAGUUUCCACCUAUAAAAGACAAUGUAAUCUUACUGAAUUCUGUAUUUACAUGAUGUCAAUAUUAAUACCCAUUACACUGAUAAACAAUUCGAGCAGGGGAUCCUUUAAAUGCAUUAUGGGAAAUGUAUUACGGCGUACAUUAUGUUAUUCUCGCAGUGCAUUGCAAGUAUUGCAUACACUACACAUCCUAGUUUGCACCGCGGCGCAUUGCGUCGACAGCAGUCGUGUGUUCGUUCUCCAAGAUGGCGUCGUUGGGAAGGAGGCGCGGUGUCCCAGUCAACAGGGAGAGGGGAGUGAUGGCAGCGACAGACUGCUACAUCGUGCACGAGAUCUACAACGGGGAGAAUGCACAGGACCAGUUUGAGUACGAGCUUGAGCAGGCACUGGAAGCCCAGUACAAGUACAUUGUGAUUGAGCCAACACGCAUCGGUGACGAGACAGCCCGCUGGAUCGCCGUGGGGAACUGCCUGCACAAGACGGCAGUGCUGUCAGGCACUGCCUGCCUCCUGACGCCCCUCUCGCUGCCGCCUGAGUACUCACGCUACGUGGCGCUACCUGCUGGUGCCCUGAGCGUGGCUUGCUCUGCCCUCUAUGGAAUCUCUUGGCAGUUCGAUCCUUGCUGCAAGUACCAGGUGGAGUACGACAGCCAAAAACUCUCACGGCUGCCCCUGCAUACACUCACUUCCUCCACACCUGUGGUGCUGGUGCGCAGGGACGACAUCCACAGAAAGAGACUCCACAACACGAUAGCACUGGCCGCCCUGGCCUACUGCGCCAAGAAGAUCUAUGAACUUUAUGCGGUAUGAGCGCACUGAAGAGGGUUUAAAAAAUAUCAAAAAUACAAAAAAAUCCUGGAAAAGAAAGAGAAUCCGCCCCCAGAAGUAAGCAGAGUGGAAGCCAGGUGGAGAAUUAAGGGGAUUCCCCCAACCCCCAACUUACAUGCUUACUUUUGGGCUGUUGUUUGAUGGAUCAGAGGGAUAUAGUUAAAACUAGAAGGAAUUAUUUUUCUCUUCUCAUUUUCUUUACUUGUAAGUGACAUCACCAGUGCACUUAUCCAUAUGGUACCCUUGCGCCUUCCCCUGUCCCUGUCCUCCAUACACUAAGUUAGCGCACAAGGGUAGAUUAGUAAAAAAUAAAUAUAUAUAUAUAUAAAAACGGGACUGUGAAUCAAGUUGCAGAUGAAAUGGGCAGACAUGUUUAAAGUGUUACCAACCUUUUUGUCCCUUCCUUGUAGUUUUACUGUACCUCUUUCUUGCUGAUCAGUACGUCACCAAUUCAUUAAACAUUAGGAUGUUUCAAACUCACUUUUCUGUAUUUUAUUUUCAUUAAACAAAUUCUACACCAUU